AUGGCGGACUCGGAAGACCGCAGCAAGCCUAUAUCGAUCCCAGGAAACAACAAUAGGUGGGAGGGCGCUUCCACCGACAGCGAAGCGAUCCUUACUCCGGAACUUAGCGGUUCACCCCCCGACGACGACUCGCACGAACAUGCCGUCGUCACGCCCACCUUGGGCCCGACGGUCCCCACCAGCCCACGCCUCUCUCGCAACCCGUCCUUCUCGGGGAGUAGCUCCUAUCAGGAAGACUGGGACCCGUUUCCGCCGCUGGACCGUUUGACCGUGCUCGACAUCCUCGAUAAUUUCGCGCUGUCGCAGCAGCUUGAGAAGCUCCAGAAGGGUAUAUCCGCCCAGACAGAGAAGGUGCGCAAGUCGCGUCAGGCAUUUGGGAACAAGAGCCGUAUCGCCCGCGAGCGGAUGGUAGACGAAUGGCGGCGACGGGUGCCUUCGGCUGAGGAGCAGCUGGAUCGGUAUCGCAAGCGGAUGCGCACGAGCGUCGAGAAACUCGGUUCGCGAUGGAACGACACCAAGGCCAUCACCCUGCGUGAAAAGAUCUCCUUCAUCUGCGGCGUCAUGAACAUCUUCGUCAGCGGUUACCUGAUCGGCGGCUACCCGGAAUACUUCCACCUCUGGUACACGAUACAGGUCCUCUACUUUAUGCCCAUCCGCUUUUACACGUACCACAAGCGCGGCUACCACUACUUCCUCGCCGACCUCUGCUACUUCGUCAACUUCCUCCUCAUGCUCAGCAUCUGGGCCUUCCCCAAUUCCAAACGCCUCUUUACCGCCGUCUACUGCCUCGCCUUCGGGAACAACGCCGUCGCCAUCAUCAUGUGGCGCAACUCGCUGGUCUUCCACUCCUUCGACAAGGUCACCUCCCUCUUCAUACACAUCAUGCCGUGCGCCACCUUGCACUGUAUUGUGCACCUCAUCGACCCAGCCGCCCAGCAAGCCCGAUUUCCCGCCAUCUGGACCAUCAAGACCUCCCCGGCCGGCUCCUCCACCGCCUACGCUAACGUCUUCUCCAUGCUCGCCUGGUCCUCCAUCCCCUACGCCGCCUGGCAGCUGAUGUACUACUUCUUCAUCACCGUCCGCCGCCGCGAGAAAAUCGCCGCGGGACGACCCACCUCCUUCACCUGGCUGCGCAAAUCCUACAGCAAAGUCUGGAUCGGCAAGAUCGUGCUGGGCCUCCCCUCGGCCCUCCAAGAACCAGCCUUCAUGCUGAUCCAGUACAUCUACGCCGUGCUCACCAUGCUCCCUUGCCCGCUGUGGUUCUUCAGCCGCUGGGCGUCGUCCCUCUUCCUCAUCGUCGUCUUCGCCUGGAGCGUCUACAACGGCAGCACCUACUACAUCGACGUCUUUGGCAAGCGCUUCCAGAAGGAGCUCGAGGCCAUGAAGGCCGAGGUCGCCAAGUGGCAGCACAGCCCGGACGUCUGGCCCCACGAGGACGGCUCCGGCACCGCUGUCGUGUCCCCCGUCGCCUCCCCCGCCGCUGGCGCGAGCACCACCGGCUCGCUGGCCGAUGGUAUCUCGGGGAAGAGGCUGGAUGAUGAUAUGCGUGGGGUGAGUGGUGUCGAUAACAUCCCGUUGUUGAAUGAUGAGCGGCCCGCGGCGGUGUUGGCGACGGGGGCGGAUAUGGAUAUGGAUGGGGGCGCGAGGGAUGUCGCCCGCGAGAGGCGGAUGGGGAGUGGGGAGUCCCGGUGA